AUGGGGUAUACGAGAGUCAUUCUUUGGCUCCAAUUUCAUCUGUUUUGUUUUGUUCCAAUCAUUCUUGCUCAUCAAUCAGCUGAGUUCUUCCCACACUUUUCUCAAAAUGAAACAAAUAACAUUGAUGACAAAAGCGAUGGUCUGUUCAUCUAUGAUCGAGCUGACGAACAUAUUUCGACAAAUCAUACGAUCCAUCGUCGGCAAAUCCCAUUGAAUAUCAUCUCAUCUCAACUUCCACGGAUACCGAUUACACCAUCAUAUAUUGUUCUCGGUCCGCGUACAGUUCGACCAGCAGAAUUAGUCUCGUUGAGUGUCAUUAUUUUACGUGAUGAAUGGAAUCCGAUGAUGGUCAAAGCAUUGAUAUCUAACGAUGAUAUGGACGUAGCAGCUGCAGAAGAUUUAUUUUAUGUUGGUGUGCCGCGCACAUUAGAAAUGCGUAUACCAAAGAAUAUUCGCGCGGGAACCUAUCGAUUAACGCUCGAAGGAAAAUUACUAACAGGCGAACAAAAGUUUUAUAAUGUUUCUCAGUUAAUAUUCGAACAAAAAGCUGUCUCCAUACUUAUCCAACUUGAUCGACCUGUGUAUCGUCACGAAACUGUAGUACAAUUUCGUUGUAUACCGAUAUAUCCUGAUCUUAGCGGGUAUUAUCAUACGAUCGAUGUUUAUGUACUUGGACCAUCAGGCCAUAUUUUACGUAAGUGGGAAAAUCAACAAACAACAGCUGGCAUGGUUUCACUCGAAUAUCCAAUUAAUGAUGCGCCACCAGAAGGUAUCUGGACGAUAAAAUGCCGUGUGAUGGGUUAUGAAGCGAUAAAAACGUUUGAACUCUAUGAAUUCUACUAUCGAAAGUUCGAAGUCAACGUCACUGUUCCAUAUUAUCUGCCAACAGAUUCGCCCGGUGUUGGUGGUAUUGUUACGGCAAACUAUACGACUGGUAUGGGCGUACUUGGUUACGCUCGAGUAGUUGUUCGAGCGCGUGAUAUGUCUGUACCUUACGAUCCACGUGCUAAUCUAUUAAAAGAUGUUGAAUUCGAUCAUUCGACACCGUCAUUCGUGACGACUAUCGAUGAUUUUAAUGGAGUCGCCGGAUUCUUUAUUCCUAUUGCAACUAUUCGGAAUCUUGUGCCAGAUCUGGAUGGAAAAGAAAUUCUAAUAACCGCGCUCGUUCAUGAUCCAUGGUGGAAUGAAACAAACAACGGCACGACAGUGGUUUCUUUCUAUCGACCUGGUACACGCUUACGCUUUCUUGGUGGUCCAUCGAUGGUCUUCAAACCGCGUAUGUUAUUUACUACUUAUGUGUCAGCUGCCAAUGCUGAUGGUACAAAGUACCCUCCGGGCCUUAAUCGAUUUAUUCGUAUCUAUACGGAAACUGACGGCGGUCCUAUCCAGCCACCUGCGGACUACAUUAUCGAUUCAUCAGCUAUUGUUUGCCAUCGAUUUCUAGCACCACCGGACCCAUCGAUAUUAUUCAUCCGUCUUCGUGCUGAAUUAUACGAUAAUAAUAUUUUAGUACCAGGUAGUACGGAUGAGCAGCGUGCUAUCCGUUAUUUGUCCCCGUCGAAUAGUUAUUUGCAAGUGACAUCUACUACCGAGACACCACGUGUCGGCGAUUUUAUGCUCUUUCGUGUAAAUAUUACACAAUAUGUUGAUUUUGUCUAUUAUCAUAUAACAUCAGCAGGAAGAUUGAUUUUUACAAAUAUUCUUCCAAUGGAUGGUGCUAAACAAAAAACUUUCGAUGUUGGUGUCAGUCGUGAAAUGGCUCCAUCAGCUCACAUACUUGUUUAUUAUGUUCGAUAUGAUGGUGAAAUCGUUGCUGAUAGUAUGAAUUUUCAUGUAAAUACAUCGUCUGUGACAAAUCGUGUUAAUAUAACAAUUAAUCGUCGAAAGGAUUUUACGGGAAACACGAUUGAAGUAUUAGCGUAUGCGUCACCACAAUCGUUCGUAGCGUUUGCUGGUCUCGGUCUUGUCCAGACACGUUUAUUUCCACCGGGAAAUCAGUUCACUCCAGUAAUGAUAUAUGAUGAAUUGUAUUCCUUUGAUCACUACUCGUCAACCAGUUUUCAACAGACAUGGAAUUCAGAAAUGGAUAUUCCCUCGAGCCGUGUCUUUUUCCCAUCUCAAUCGUACGGGUAUGAUGCUGGGUCAACAUUCAAUUCUUCCGGUAUGCAGAUUUUUACCGACGUCAAUGUCCAAGCGAUCCAAACCGCAUGUGCCCAAAAUGGUCUUAUGCAAUGUACAGAUGGUCAAUGCUAUCCACCACCAUUACGAUGUAACGGUGUUCUCAACUGCCCAGAUGGUUCCGACGAAGUGAACUGUAACUCAACAACAACGAAUGUUUACGAUUUCACUCCGUUAUAUCGUCGUUUGUGGCCGUAUUGGGAACGUGAAUUGCAACUUGACUUCAUGUGGCAUCAACAAUUUGCUUAUCCAGAUGGUCGUGUACAAUUUCGUACGACUGUACCAAAUGUUAUUGCCACAUGGGUUAUUACAGCUGUUGCUAUUAGCCGGCUAACAGGCUUUGGUGUACUUGAUGCUCCAUUCAUCUAUGAAGGUACAAGACAAUUUUUCAUUAAAGUAGAAAUUCCGCCUAUUGUUCGAUUCGGCGAACAAAUUGGUGCACGUGUCGAUGUGUUCAAUUUUCAAUCGCAUCGUAUCGAAGCUUUAAUCAUUCUACAUGCGUCAGAUAAUUAUCGUUUUGUGAAUAUUGAUCAAAAUGGUGUUGUGACAUCAUUUGCACCACGUUUAACUGAUGGUCAACAUCAUGUUCUUGUCAUUCUGUAUCCAAAUGAAGUGCGACGACUUUAUCUUCCAUUUAUACCUAUUGUCGCUGGUGAAGUUGAGGUCAUGAUCGAAGGUAUCACUGGUGUAUCACGUGACUUCUACCGUGAAGUAAUCAAAGUAAACUAUGAAGGUCUACGUAAUUAUUAUCAUACGCCCACUGUGUUAUUACUCAAUAAUCUACCUCGACAAAUGAAUGAAUAUGAUGUCAAUGUCACUGAAAACUACAUCUUACCAAACCAAAACAUGUGGUCAUAUGUUCCUGGCUCUGCGACAUGCGAAAUCUUCGUUUCUGGUGAUGUCGCAGGACCUUUCUUCCUCUUGGGCUAUGAUGAAUGGUUGAAUACUGAUAAUUUAAUUCAACGAACAACAGCUCCAGCUGAUUCAGGCUUGUUUGAUUUUGGUAUGAUGAUCUACAAUCUUCGCUACAUGUUACAAGGUCAUGGUGGUCGCGCCUUCGAUCAAGAGAAACUAAUGAAAGUUUUAACCUUUGCGAAUAUGGAAUAUCUUCGUUUCAUGGCCAUGUACACAGGUGACAAUCCAACUGAACCAUGGCGUAAAGGUUCAUUUAGUCAGUUUGGUUUCACGAAUGAAUCAUCAGUUGUGUUAACCUCAUGGGCAUUGAUGACAUUACGUGAUGCUGUCUAUCCUGAAUGGGAAGAAAAAGCAUUAUUCAUCGAUCCCAAUCUGCGUGCUGAUAUUGUCGCUUUUCUUCUAACAGUUCAACAACCAAAUGGUUCAUGGGCAGAGUUAACAACAUCGAUGGAUCGCAAUAAGUUCGGUAUCCGUUACACAAACAUCAGCGGAACAUACCAACAAUUGAAUCUAUCUCUGACAGCACAAGCGUUGAUAGCUUUGCAAUUGAACGUUGAUGUACGUGGUAUUCCCGCGAAGUUUAUCACUGGUGCUAUUAAUCGAGGGAAGAUGUGGUUGGAGAAAUAUUUUCGUUUGAUAACAGACGCAUUUGACAUGGCAAUCGUAACCUAUGCAUUACACGUAACCAAUAGUGCUGAGCAAGAUUCCGCUUUUGCAAUGUUGAACUAUUUCAAGAAAAUGAAUGAGAAUGGUAUUUACUAUUCAAAUAUGAAUCUGCCCGGGAUGACGAAAACAUGGAGAAACGUCAAUCCACGGUACGGUCCGAAACCAGUACAAACAGAUAUGGAGGCGCAUGCUGUCUCAGCGACUGCAUUUGUGGUCAUGACGUAUACUUAUAAAGCUCGAGUGAAAGAAGUUGAACAAUCGGUUCUAUGGCUUCAAUCCAUGCGUAAUUAUAUCGGUGGCUGGUCUGCAACGUAUGAUUCUUGUAUAGCACAACGUGCCAUUGUCGGCUAUGCUGUAUUACGUGGUUUUGAAAUCACUUCGUAUAAUAUUCGAAUGAAUUUAACAUCGGGAACAUCUAUUGAGCAAAACUACGAUCCAAUUUUCAUCACAGAUGAGAAUUUAAUCGAAGCACAAGUUCGAGAUGUUGAGAGAGUUUGGAGUGUCGUGUACAUUGAUGGUUUUGGUAAUGGUUACGCACUAAUUCAAAUGCAUGUCGGUGUUAAUGUUGAAUUUGACGAUUUAAUUCGCCGUCCAGAAUAUGUUCCAUUUGCUAUUGAUGUUCAACCAAUGCUUUCCGGUCGCAACUUUUCAGUUAUCGAUUACAAUGUUUGCCUUGGCUGGCGUCCGGAAAAUAUCAACGUACUGAAAGCAUCGAGGAGCGGUACAGUAAUGAUUGAAAUACAAAUUCCAACAGGUUAUCGGGUCGAAGAAAAAGAUUUGAAGAUGAUGUUACGUGGUUUGUAUACACGUAAUUUACGUGAAGCUGAAAAUUGGCCUGGGCAGAUCAAUUUCGGUUUUGAUUAUAUCGAUUUUGAUCCGAUAUGUUUUCAAUUUCAAGCGAAACGUUGGAUACCCGUGGCUAACAUUUCACGUUACUAUGAAGUCCGAGCUUAUGAAUGGUUUGAACCGGGAAAUAUGAAUCGAAGUGUUUACACAUUGAGAAAUUUAUUUGGCUUAGAUAUUUGUGAAGUUUGUGGUUCAUAUCAAUGUCCAUAUUGUCCGUAUUACAGUCACGCAACAUUACCAAUACAAUCGACAAUGAUAAUCAUUCUGGUUCUUGCUAUAUUCUUAGAAAUCUACAUUAUUAUUACUUAG